GAAUCUGUGGAAGCCUACCUUAGUUAGUACGUUCUACUCGUCGACUCGUUGAUGACCGGACACACGCCCAGAACCCGAGAGGAACCUUCUAUCUCUAGGCAUGCUUCAACACAUGCAAACUACUCAUAAAAAGCUGACCUGAGAUAGCAUGUCACCUAAAGAGUCUGGCCAUGCCCCGUUCUCACCGUGUAUCAUCAAUCAGUCUGGGAGAUUUAUGGUGGUCAUGACACUUGUCUAGACGGGGAGCGGCAACUAUCAUCGUCGUCAUCAUCAUCAUCAUCAUCAUCAUCAUGAACCUCACGCCCAUAAAAGUCCGCGGAAAGAAACGCAGCAAGGCCACAGCACGGCACAGGGCCGCCCUCGUCGAACGGAGAGCUGCCGCUGCCGCUGCCGCUACCGACACCACUGCCAAGACCAGGGAAAUCCACACGAGAAAACGGCAGCUCCCACGCAAGAAGAGCCUGCUGGAGCGCCAACUUCCCCUCGAGAUCCUCGAGCGCAUCUUCCUCCUCAGCGAGAACGCCGCCUUCCCCCGCUGCAGCCCCCUCCUCGGCCGUCUGCUGUCGGGUCACACCACGCUUCUCGCCGCCCUGAUCGCCGCCUUUGGCCCGACCUGGAACGCCUACUUUGGCGUCAACCAGCACCAAGUCCAGACGUUCCGAGGGCCCGGGGCGGCCUUCCAGCGCGAGGGCCAUCAUCUGGCUGCUAGCCUGUACCCCGGGAACCCGCAAUUCCAGUCAGACAUCCUCGCCUGUCCCUGGGCAACCAUCGACCUCAUCCUCGAAGCCAAGCAAACAUGGGCCCGCCGCUUCGCACGCGAUCGGUGGUACGCCCAUGAUCCCUCCGUCCUCGAGGAAAGCCGCGCCCGCGGCACCCACAAUGUCGCCGGAGGACGGGGCCACUUUGACGCCUCUACCUGUUUUGCCUACGACUUUGACAACAUGCGCCGCGGCGUGGAUCCUCCCAUGCGCCAACCCGCCUCUCCUACUCUCCGUCACAGGUUCGUCACCUACGUUGACGUCCACCCGGAUAUUCGCAUCCCGGACGACUUGGUGGCCGGCCCAUGGACCCCCGAGAUGAUCCGCCGUCUGUUCUGGCUUCGUCGCGGCGGUGCUACCUUUCACGAGUCUCAGACGUGGGAGCUCAGGCUCCAGGGUCUUCGCAAUGGAAUCAUUGAAUGCCCACCCCGUAAUCAUAGUCCGCAUCUCAUCCGCUCUCUUUGUCUCCUCUCCGACUUUUUCUGCGACGAGGACGAGGACGAGGGCCUGUCCGAGACGGAACUGAGACGGGACGCCCCUGUCACUCAGCUGUCUUGGCCCAAGACCAUUAUAGCUGAAGCGUAUGACAAGGUCGCUGACAUUGCGGAAAAGGGAGCCAUAUAUGAAGUCCAUGAGCUUCUUCGCCACAUGGACCAUGUUCUAAAUCUUGUCUGAACCCGCUUUUGGUCGCCUGCCUUCUGGCUAGGCAAGGUAGUCAAGGUGGCAGAGCGGAUAGAAAGUGGAGUGGCACGUUGGGAAGGGCAAAGCUGGGACGGCGGCGCUGGGCAUGCCCGACCAGGACUGAGAGGCGGUUAUUGGUCAUGACUACCGAUCUCUCCUGUUGCACACGAACAAGUUCCAGGUCCCGCUGGCGCGACUUGGGGCGCAGCACAAGACAGCCCAGCCUAUAUACGACUUUGGGGCAAAAUGACCAAUGACCCACCGUGAGGCAUCAUCAUCAUGCCUAUGCAGCAGAAAAUAACAGUCAGCAAGCCAGAUCAUAUUUUGCACAAGAACGUCCCAAGCCCGUCGUAUGGCACGUCUCGGCGCAUCUUCACGCCCGAGCAGCCGGGAGAGUUGUCGCCUCAAAGUCGCCGGAUAUUCUUGGCGCUUCCACAAGAAGA